AGUGGGCUGCUACUGAAAUUAUUGGGAUGUUGAAAAACACUCAUCACAAGUGUUAGGCUACUAACAAUUUUCUUAUUAAACUAAAAGAAGCUCAAGAUUUCUAAGUUUCAACUAACAUAUCAUCACAGGGAGAUUAAUGAUUUUCUGCAAGAAUCAAUCUUUUUCCUCCUCUUUAUUUUCUUGAUCUUGUUAGUUUCUCUCUCAUCCCCACCAUGAGACUUUAAUUCCUUUUCCAAAAGUGAUUGGUGAAAGAUUGUACUAUUUUUCUUUUUCCCUGUUUUUGUUUUCUUGAUCAGUUUUCUAGCAGUGAUCUUUAUUUCAAGAAAGGGGGAUACUAUUUCACUGCAAACACUCCAGCUCAAGAAAUCUUGCUGGGUUAAGAACCUGCGAAAGAUUAACAAAAGAGCACACGAGAGCAAUUAUUUCUUGCACCUAACGAAGUCCCAUGUUUCAUUUGCCUCACUGUCUGAUUAUUGCUUGAGCAGUAUUAUUUGUGGGUCUCUGUCCUUUCACCUCACAUUGUGUUUCUGUUGUUUCUUUAAGCUAAAGCCCAUGCAGCUGUCAUAGUGCAUUUAUGCAAAUUUUAUGCUCUCUAUAAAUUUUUUGUUUUCUUGAAAAUGGUGGGUUUUGGGAGAUGAACGAUCUUCAGUUCUAACCUUUGGGGGUCUUCUACUGGAGAAAUAUGGAGCUGCAAUUGAGUUCUCUCUUAUUGGGAUUUACUUUGAUUCUCUGUGGUUUCUUAUUUCGAGAAUCUGCAGGUCUUGAUUUACCAUCAUUGUCUGUAGCUUCUAUUUUUCUUCCAAUCAAACUGGGAACCCCUGAACCUAGGCUUUAUGGUGGCGGACAUCGUUUUCUAUUACUUCGAAAUGCCCCCAGUCCUAGGAAAUUAAAUGUCUCCAGAAAUGCAUAUGCACCUUCUACGCCAUCUCCCAGCCAUCAAGCCAAGAAAGGGAUACAUAGAUAUGGUGGAAAAUUCCACCACAUGGUUUCUGAUCCUGACCCUCCCAUGGCUUCUUAUACAGGGAAAGGACCUGCCAUCUCCCCUUCUCCAUCUCCAAUACCGUCUUCAGGGGGAUGGAUUUCAUCAAGACCUCUGCCGUUGCCUGCAAUUCCAUCCAAGCAUUUAAACGUGCCCAGCCCAUCGCCUAUGAUUUCUCCAACGAGUUCUCCUAUUGUAAAUAAUAAGAAAACUCUAUCACCGUUGCCAAGUCUGACACUACCACCACCUCCUCCUAAUCGAGAAUGCUUAUCUGUAAAAUGCACCGAGCCACUGACUUAUACACCAUCAGGGUCACCCUGUGGCUGUGUUUGGCCGAUUCAAGUUAGACUCCGAUUCAGCAUCUCCCUGUAUACAUUUUUCCCCUUGGUUUCCGAACUCGCUGAAGAAAUUGCCGCUGGCAUUCCACUAGGUCGAAGUCAAGUUCGAGUUAUUGGAGCAGAUGCAGCAGAUCAACAACUAGAGAAAACGACAGUCCUCAUUAACUUGAUACCUCUAGAAGAGAUGUUCGAAGCUGCAACUGCAUUUUCCAUUUAUACAAAAUUCUGGAACAGAGAGCUCUUCAUUAAGACUCCAGUUUUUGGUGCUUAUGAAGUGUUAUACGUUCGCUAUCCAGGUCUACCGCCAUCUCCUCCUUCACGGCCCUCUGGCUAUGCUAUGGUCGACGUUCAACCUUAUACCAUUGGGGGUAGAUGUGCCAAGGGGAAGGAAGAACGAAUCUGGCAAAAAUAUGGUCAUCAUAAUUGUCCUAUCAUCAGUUACAGCUUUUGUAGUGUGCUUGGGAUUUAUUUUGCUAUUUCUAUCAAAAUCUGGAUGUUGCAGUUAUCUACAUAGACAAAGUGAGCCAGCUUUAAUAUCUUCAGACAGAAAACCUUCAGGUGGUGGAAGAUUGCUCGCGUUAAGAAGUCGGCCCAGCUCACCUGCAAUGUCCUUUAGUUCCAGUCUUCUGGCAUGCACAGGAACAGCUAAGGUUUUUAGCAUUGAAGAUAUAGAGAGAGCCACUGACAACUUUGAUACUUCAAGAACUCUGGGUGAAGGUGGUUUUGGACUUGUAUAUGGGGGCAUUCUUGAUGAUGGACGAAAGGUGGCGGUGAAAGUUCUCAAGAGAGACGAUCAGCAGGGCAGCCGUGAGUUUUUGGCAGAAGUCGAGAUGCUUGGCAGGCUGCAUCAUAGAAACUUGGUCAAGCUGAUAGGUAUCUGUGCUGAGGACCAAUGCAGAUGUCUUGUCUAUGAGCUUGUUCCCAAUGGAAGCGUUGAAUCUCAUUUACACGGAGCUGACAAGGAGGUUGCUCCUCUUGACUGGCGUGCCCGAAUGAAAAUAGCCCUCGGGGCAGCCCGUGGUUUGGCAUAUUUGCAUGAGGACUCGAGUCCUCGUGUAAUACACAGAGACUUCAAGUCCAGCAACAUCUUAUUAGAAUAUGAUUAUACCCCUAAAGUCUCUGAUUUUGGUUUGGCUAGAGCAGCAAUGGAUGAAGGAAACAAACAUAUUUCGACUCAUGUCAUGGGAACUUUUGGUUACUUAGCUCCAGAAUAUGCAAUGACUGGCCAUCUCCUUGUUAAAAGCGACGUUUAUAGCUAUGGUGUUGUUCUACUUGAGCUGCUAACUGGGAGAAAACCUGUGGACUUGUCACAGCCACCAGGGCAAGAAAACUUGGUUGCUUGGGCUCGUCCGCUCCUUGCCACCAAGGAAGGUCUGGACACAAUCAUUGAUCCAAGUUUAAGAUCAGAUGUACCAUUAGAUAACUUUGCCAAAGUUGCAGCAAUAGCAUCAAUGUGUGUCCAACCAGAAGUCUCUCACCGUCCAUUCAUGGGGGAAGUAGUUCAAGCUUUGAAGCUCGUGUGCAACGAAUUUGAAGAAACUAGAGAGCCCAUGUCAAGAAGCUGCAGCCAUGAGGACUUCUCCAUUGAUAUAGAGAGCAAGCACAGUAGAAUAUCGAAUGAACUUGUGGAAGAUUUAGAGAAAUGUGAUUCAACUCUUGACACAACGAUAGCAUUAUCAGCUGUGGAUUUAAAGAGUUCAUCGGCAGGGUUUGCAGGGCAAGAAUCCGAGUCUUUCAGGAGGCAAUUCAAUUCUGCUCCUCUGAAAAUGGGAAGAAAACAUAAAUUCUGGCAUCGUUUGAGGGGACUGUCUAGAGGCAGCAUGAGUGAGCAUGAGUAUUCAUUAAAAUUGUGAAUUCAGACAGUAAAAUCGUAUGUUGUCCAUAGUUUGAGAUCCUAUUUUAUAAGCUGGAACAUCUGAAACAUUGUCGAAGGUCAGAUCAAUAACAGCUGCAGCAUUGUAAGUCUAAGUCUGAGUUGUUUUAUGUUAUUCUUCAGCUCGGCUUCAUUAUCUCAA